AUGAUUACUUACGCUCGUGUAGAUUGUACUGUAAUCUGUUCGGCCUCGCGCGAGGAGUCGAGUACACGUAAUCGUUGGAUUUCGUGAUAUUAAGCAAAAUGCGGGUCGAUGCGUAGAAGAGUCGUCGAAAACGAAAAUAAGGAACAGGGUUUCGGCCACCGAGCUAUUGACAUUGCACGCUUAUUACAUUUUAUUCUAAUAAAAAAGGCAUUUCUUUGCACUUUGCAAAAUUUAUAUUUCAUGAUAGGAGCAAUUUAAACGGCCUUUACCUUUUAAGGAAUCAUGAAAGCUUUAUCUACAAAUCCGCCAGGUAGCGCGACUCUCACUUGACAUAAUGACGGGGGUACAGCUACAGACGCAGGUCGCAGCUAGUUGGGGUCUCAGUUUUGGUAGGUAUACAUAUUAUUAUUGUAUCAGUAGCAGACUAGCAGUAGUAAGUAGCACUGCUCGCUUACUCGCAGUUUGCCACCACAGUUUGGUGGCACGAGUUAGGUUAGGAGCAUCCGAAACCGAAACUUGUGUUUAACCUAUAAAGAACCUGCGCAUAUAACUUUAUUUACGUUCGGAAAAUAGGCUCAUUUGAACCUUAUAUAAUGAGUACACAAUAAUGAAAUCGUCGACAUCAGUGCAGACAGAGACAGAAUCGUCCGAAGAUUCAGCAUCUACUUAUAUCGUGUAUAAGUAGAAUAAAAAAGUGAAUAGCAUUGACGAAUUAUAUAUCGUUUAACGUUUCGGAAAAAUGAAGGAAGUGCUAAGUAACCAGAAUUUUUCAAACUAUAGCAAUCAUUUUGCUAACAACAAUGGAGAGACAAACUCUAACAGUGUCUCUAAUGGUACAAAUUCAAAAAGAAAAUAUGCAGUGUUAAGCACAGACUGGGUCUCUGCAAUAGGUGAGGAAUUGGGUAUGCACCCUCUGCCAGAUACUCUUGUUCGAAAACUUGCAGAAGAUGCAUCCUAUAGGUUACGUGAAGUAUUACACAAAUGUGCCACAAGGCUUAGGCAUAGCAAAAGAAGGCGAUUGACAUCAAACGAUGUCAAUGCUGUAGUUACAAAUCUCUGUAACGUAGAUCCAUCGAUUGGAGCACCAGACCAAUUGCCGGAUUAUAUUCCAGAAGCCAACCUUUUUGUGCCUCACGAACGUUUUGUUGAUUUAGCACAAAAAGUUAAUGAGCCUCCAAGUUUUUCCCAAGUUAACCUUCCAUUUCUUCAAGAAAUUGAAAUUGUAGACUCCAAGCUAUUAGAAGCAAGAAAUAGUUAUGCAAAGAGAGCCUUAAAGAUGUUAUUCAACGGUUCACAAAAGACAUUUCAGGUCCUUUUGAAUGAUUGUGCUACAAAUGCGUGCUUAGGAGGAGAAGGUGUAGUCGAUAAGUUAAUGUCUAUUGCCAGGUCUAUGGUGAUAUCAAACAAUGCACAAUAUACUAGGGUUUCUACUCGAACGUGCCAACUCAUCAUUGCAAUAACAAAUAAUAAUAAAGCAGUUUACCCUUAUCAUCUUAAUUCAGUGGAUAAGUUGACAGAAUUAUUAUUAGAACUGUUGCUUGGUCAGGGUUUUAUAAACUCAAAUCUAGAAACACUAUUCAAAGACUGCGCUUUAAAGUUAAUGUUAAGGUGGCCAUCGGUAGCUAAUAGGUUUAUUCCAACGCUAAAAGGAGUUUUAGUAGGACGUGAGGAACAAAGCUUUGAAUUGAAGAAAAAAGCAAUAGCGCUGGAGCUACUUGCCGGGGUUCAGCCUCUUAUUUUUCUUGAAGAAGAGGCUGAUUCUCCUCUUUCAUUGGUCAAUGUUUUGAAUUAUGCUAUGCCAGGCUCGAACAUGUGGCACAAAAUUGCGGUUUCAGUUUGUGCGUUUGUAAAGUCUGGCAAGCAGUCAUUGAACUAUUCUGUGAUAAUCGAACAUUUUGGAGAUUCGAUACUUCCCUACUUAAGUAGUAGCGAUGUAGCAACGACCGAAAACAAUGAGAAAGCUAAUCUUCCAAUAAUAGUAAUAAGUAAGAUAAACUGUAUUCAAUUGAGACCGACUAUCAAUGGAAGGUUUGGUGACAGACAAAGUGUCUUCCCAGACUCAACACUGAAGGGAUCAAGGCGAGAAAUAAGAUUCGCCUUUGCCGGUGGUCGUCCAGUUCCGUCAAAUAAUCUUCGUCGAGUGAGUCUACGAGCAAACUAUCAAAUUUUAAGAAAUGAAUCGCGAGCUCAGGAGGCUCACGUUGCGUCGCGACGACUCUUAAUUUUCAAGCAUAAGAAGAAACGUCUUACGGGUGCUUACAACUUAUCAAAGAUGAUUUUUUGAAUUGUCAACUUAGUUUUCCAAAUAACUAUAUUCUAUUUAAUAAAAAAAGAAGAAAAAAACGAAAUAAAAAA